CUUCGCCAUUAUCGCGACGCCGCCGCUGCACAACGCUUUGUUUGCUUGAAGAAGCUGAAAGAAAAGUGAAUCACUCUGCAUGAUGUGGAACGACGAAGACAAUAAUCCCUAUGGGACAAGCUUUGAGCGCCGCGACUCAACAGCUUCGUCCACAGCCAACCCCAGCUCACCAGGCUCCCAGCAUGGCUAUGCUGGCCCCCGCACCCCCUCCACCAUAGACGACAACCACCACGAUACAGAUACGGAUCCAACUCAACAUUACGAGACGAGCGAUAUUGGCAGCGAUGACGAGUAUGGUGGACCUUCACCUCCCAAGAGGAAGAAGGGUGGUUACGAUAGUCGAAUUGAGCAAAUACUCUACGAGAACCCGGAGCUACCAAUCCUAAUCGUUGAGGCGGGAAAGAGCUUGGAAAGUGGAGGAAAAUACAUCGUGUAUACCAUCAGAACAGGAGAUCUGGAAGUUCGACGGAGAUACUCCGAAUUCGCAUCAUUAAGAGACGCUCUGUCAAGGUUACACCCCACCUUGAUUAUACCUCCGAUCCCCGAGAAGCACACAAUGGCGGACUAUGCUGCGAACCCAACCAAGGCGAAGCAAGACCAGCAGAUCAUAGACUUAAGAAAGCGGAUGCUAGCGGUUUUCUUGAACAGAUGUAGGCGAAUGGACGAGGUCCGGAACGAUGGUGUCUGGUGGAGAUUUUUAGAUCCAAAUUCCAGUUGGAAUGAGGUACUGCAUUCCCACCCGAUCGCAUCAAUACCCAAAUCCAACAUGAAAGCCCCACCUCUCGACCCCGCCAAUCCCUCACCAGCACACGCCUGGCUACCAGUUCCAGCAACCUCUGCGAAGCUAAAGGGCGCUGCAACGGCUCCUACCAAUGCUUCGGGUAUGAUCAAUCAACCUACCGAAUAUGCGGCUAGUCCCUCAACGGCUGCUCACACAAUACAAGGAAUACUUGUUCAUGGCCGAUUUCCCCCAGAUUCCCAACACCUAAGCGAGCAGGAGCUCGACCCUUACUUCAUAAACUUUGAAGCUUCAACCAAAGAGCUCGAGACGCUCCUUACUGGACCUAUUGAGAAGGUCAACCGCCGGACAUUGACACACCUAUCUUCCCUCGCUGCAGAUCUUGCUGAGCUCGGUGCAAGAUUCAAUGGCUUCUCCCUUUCCGAACCAUCUCCAUCCUUGGCAGCAGCGAUCGAACGAGUUGGUCAGGCCGUAGACUCUUCAUACCUUGCUACGGAAGAAUUGUCAAGCUCGUUAGGUGCAAGCUUCGCCGAGCCUAUGCGAGAAAGCGCACAAUUUGCUGGAGUUGUCCGAGCAGUUCUUCGCUACCGAGUUCUUAAGCGUGUUCAGCAAGAGAUGACCAACGACGAACUUGCCAAAAAGAAGGCACUACUUGAGUCAUUGGAGCGGAGCGAGUCGGAGGCGAAAAGAAUCGAGCAAUACCUCACUCAAAGCGGCACGGGAAAUCUCCCACGUCGGUCAACCUCUUCUGCUCGUGAUCCUCCUUCCUCGAGACGAGAAAACAACCAAGAGGACACUGCAUCAAUAGAUUCUGACUUCCCUCCCACUCACGGCGAUUCAUCGACAACACCAUCCGCUACUCAAGGCGCGCCACAGACUGAAGAGAACAAUUCCCCGGCUCACCGGAAAAGUUCUAGCGGUAAUUUUAUCACGAAUAGAAUAUUCGGUCGCAUCAAUCACGCAAUUCAUGGAGUCGUGGAUGUUGACCCGGAACGGACAAGACGAGAUCUCAUUGGCAAGACCAAGGAAUCAAUCUCACAACUCGAGCAGGCUCAACAAGCAUCGGAGCAGGAUAUACGGAAUGCAAGUGCGGGAGUGCUGAAGGAUCUCAAGCGCUUUCAAGCGGAGAAGGAAGAUGAUUUGAGGCGAUAUAUGCUCGCAUAUGCCAAGAGUCAAAUCGAGUGGGCGAAGAAGAACAAGGAGACUUGGGAGGAAGCUAAGGCGGAGAUCAACAAGAUAGAUGAGAGCUGAACUAUGAGAUGAACGGGCAUGGAUUAAGUUCUGUAAUAGUGAUUGAUUGAUCUCAGGGGAGCGGUGCAUGGACUUUAAUAAUCGUUGGUUUAAUGAACAACUGCCAAGGUCAGAGCAGUAAUAGAGAUGCGAUGAACUUCAAAGAACUUCAAGA